CCUAUAUUUCCGAGCGAGGCAACCUCGUGGUGGAUUAGAUUUUGUCGGCCAUAUUACGUUGAAUGUCUCUGUUACACAAGGGCUCAAGAGUAGCCGUGAAACUUUUGAAGAAUCCUCUGUGCUGUGAGGAUACAGAGACAGGAUGGAGAACAUAUACACUGUCACGGUCACCAACAAGUUCGAUUUGAACCUCGACGAGAGCGAGGAUCCGCUGGAGAUGCUGGAGGUUCGUGAGCAAGAAAAAGAAGCAAAGAAGAAAGAACGAAUCUCCGAAAAAGAGAAUAAAAGUAAGCAGCAGCAGCAGCAGCAGCAGCAAGACGGACAAAAAACCACCAACAACAAGACGCAGAAAAAUCGCGUGAUCAAGGACGCCCAGCAGCUGCCGUCCAAGGUGCAGGAUGCUAAGAAGGAUCAAGUGGACAAAAAACCAUCCCAGCCAAGAGUGAGCGGUGGUGACCGGAAUGUGAAGUUCUCUGGCGAAUCCAGGGAGGAGCGCAACAACAGGCGUAAUCGCGAGGAUGGAGAAAGAACUUUACGGGGACAGGGAGAGUUUAGGCGAGGUCCUCCCGGGUUAGUUUCCGCGAAACCAACGAAUGUUAUACGGACGAUGGAAUUUAUUCGCGGUAAAUCUGUUUCAAGUAGUAGAAACUAUUUUAGAUUUUGUUCUAGCGAGGGUCGUGAAACGCGCGAAUUCCGGAACUCGAAUAACGAUGCUCAACGUGGUGAAUAUGGUGAGCGUCGUGGCCGUGGAGGUAUGCGUGGCAUAAGUCGCGGACGUGGAGGUCCUCGUGGGCGUGGUGGUUAUGAUAAUCGUGGAAAACGAGAAUUUGAUCGCCAAUCUGGCUCUGAUAAGACUGGCAUUAAACCAGUGGAUAAAAAAGACGGUGCUGGCAGCCAUAAUUGGGGCACCCAUAAUGAUGAAAUAGAAGAAAGCCUUAACCAAGAAAGUCAAGACUGGAGCAAUGAGAAACCGGAAUCCGAGGCCACUCAAGCGGCAACAGAGGUUAAGAAUGGCGAUACUGCUGUGGAUACUGCUGUUGAAGAGAAACCGGUCGAGGAAGAAUCGCGCGAACUUACUUUGGACGAAUGGAAGGCCCUACGAAACAAUCGAGUGAAGCCACAAUACAAUCUGCGAAAGGCCGGAGAAGGCGAGGAUCUGUCGCGCUGGAAGAAGAUGUACGCUCUCGAAAAGAAGAAGGAGGGUGCCGACGAAGAGGAGGAGGAGGAAGAGGAAUACGACGCGGCUGUGGAGUAUCCUCAACGUGUUGGCAGGCAAAAGCGCGUAUUAGGCAUCGAGAUCCAGUUCAGUGAUUCGCGACGUGGCUCCGGCGGUCGUGGUCGAGGUGGUCGCGGCCGCGGUGAUCGUGUGAACGGUCGUGGAUAUGGCAAUCGUGGUACUCCUAGAGACGGGGAUUCACGUGGAUCUUUGCAGUCCUCACAAAACGAGCAGAGGUCACCGCGAAGCCGUCAGAAUGCUCCGAAGGUAGACGAUGAGCACGACUUCCCUUCUUUGGGAUAGGUAGUUUCACCUAUCUAUUCUAACAUUUUUCAACAAUACCAACAAACAGCACUAUAAUGAAGUUACACCAAUUGAAAAAAAAAUCUUAUUGAGAAUCUUACGUUAGUGCAUAACAUUAUUAUUGCAUAAUACAGUAUACAUUUACAGAAGAUGAAACGUAAUAUUCUUAAAUAAAUUGUAACGCUUGAACGCGUUGUUACACAUUGCUACAGAAUGAUAAAUACGAAAAGUUGCACGACGUAUAAACAAACAAAAAAAUAGAGAAAAUCCUUUUUUGUACUUGUGGAGAGCGUUUGUAACUAUAUUUCAGAGUUGACAUUCAAUGGAUAAACGAUCUGUAAGAAACAGAAGAAACCAUAGUUACAAAAGUUGUUAAUAACAAAGACGUGAAGAGUUAGGAAGAAAGAUAUAACUGAAAAAAAUAAAGCAAAAGUGCGUUGAGGAAAAGAGAGGGAUUAUGCGGACCAGCGAGUGCGAACUGUUGGAUAGCAUUAACCUCGUAAUAGUUUCAAUCUGCUUAAAUUUAACUCGAAGCAAUUCUCGAAUAAAAACAAUUUGCUGUACACAAAAGUAGAGAAGAAACAGGACUGCGGUAUCGAUUUCGAUUUCGAUGUCGCGUUAAGGGCCUAAAGGAGGCUGAACCGCGUGAACCUGUAUAAAUAUCUUUUUAGGCGUAAAUUUUAAACGCACUUUUCAUUUUAUAAUUUUUAUACGUACUUGGAAAUAGUCCUUCCUCGUAAUCGGCAAGUUAUUACUUGCCAUUCAUAAAAAAAUAAAGUUUUUAAGGAAGGCAUUUCUAUUUAACAUCAAGACGCUAAAACGUCUUUUACUACAUAUAAGUCUACGUAUAUAGAUACAUAAAUAUAAAACUAUAUAUAUAGAAAAAAAAUCGAGACAAUGCGAUAAAUUUUCCUCUCUCAGAAAUAUGUCUGAAGCGGAAUAUCUCGCGUAUAUAUUAAAAGCUUUAGGUAUAUGUACAUGACAAACACAUACGCAUACACAUACACAUACAUACAUACAUAUAUACACUACGCGUAUAUGUAUCUACGGUAAAUCGGAAACUAUCGUACUAUGGUAAAAAAAUAAUGAGUAUACACUUAUAUAUUAUUAUGUUACAUUUAUUGCGUUGUCAAUUCUCAGAAUAUUAAUUAUAAAUCCACUAAUAUUAGUUACUAUAUUUGUUACAACACAGUUGAAGGUAAUCAACCAAAAGAAUCGCCCCUCCAUCAUAGACCGAAAAGGGAUAAUGGAAGAUCUAAAGCUGUUUGAAGCUUAGACAUAUGUGUAAAUAACAUUUACAAUAAUAAAUUGUGACAAUGAUCACAAAGACA